GUUAAGGUCUCCUAUCAUGUCGGCUGCAGAGGAUGACAAAGUAGUAACGAAGGAAUCUGUUGUCAAGGAGAAUGCCGCGGAUGAUGAAAAGAUGAAGAAGAAUAAGUACCGUCGUGAUAAACCAUGGGAUCAUGAAGGGAUCGAUCACUGGAAAUAUGAAUCCUUCGCCAAAGAGGAUAACCCAUCAGGUCUCCUCGAGGAGAGCAGCUUCGCGACGCUCUUCCCCCAGUAUCGUGAGAAUUACUUAAAGCAAGUAUGGCCGGAUGUUAAACAAGUGCUUGCUCCCUUUGAGAUCAAAGCCGAGCUCAACUUGGUCGAGGGUUCAAUGACAGUACGAACUACCCGAAAGACGUGGGAUCCUUAUGCGAUCAUACGAGCUCGGGAUCUCAUCAAGCUCCUUGCACGAUCAGUUCCUCUCCCACAAGCAAAGAAGAUUAUGGAUGAUAACAUGUUCUGUGAUAUCAUUAAGACUGGUGGGCUCGUUCGUAAUAAAGAGAAGUUUGUGAAACGCCGACAACGUUUGGUUGGGCCUAAUGGAAGUACACUGAAAGCCAUCGAACUGUUAACUCAGUGCUAUGUUCUAGUACAAGGACAAACUGUUGUUGCCAUGGGUACUCACAAAGCCUUGAAACAAGUCCGUCGGAUAGUUGAAGAUUGCUUCCACAAUGUUCACCCAGUAUAUCAUGUGAAGGAGUUGAUGAUUAAGAAGGAGCUCGAGAAGAAUGAGGAUCUCAAGGAUGAGAACUGGGAUCGAUUCCUACCACACUUCAAGAAUCGGAAUGUACAGCGUAAGAAGCAAAAGAAGAUUGCCAAGAAGAAAUCCAAGGAGCUAUUCCCUCCUGAGCAAUUACCUCGCAAGGAGGAUAUCCAGAUCGAGACCGGUGAAUACUUCCUCUCGAAGGAUCAGAAACAUUCCAAUGAGAUGACUAAGAAACGCGAACAUCAGAAACAACGGGCUGACGGGUCUGAAGUUGUCUUGUUGGGUAUGUGCUAUCUGGUGAAUCAAGAAGACGAGUUGAAGCAUGUUAUUGCCAACUCGGCAACUGUAAUGACUUGCUAUACGGAGGCACUGAGGGAACUCGAGAAGCACAUCAAGAAGUUGUCUAAGUUGACUGAAGGACGAUUAUCGACCCGCGAUAUCAUCCACGGGUUAUUAUUGCGAUUUUCUCAACAUCUCUUUGGUGUGGCCAACAUUGACAUAAUAUGCUCUCAUCGUGUCACGGAGUUGAAGUAUAUGCCUAGAAAACGUGGCUCUAAACUAACUAUUGCGAAGAAGGCUCUGGUCGAUCAAUGGCGAGACUUUGUGGCAGAUGAAGUAUGUGAUGAGCAGACUGUAUCGAUCGCCGAGAAAUUGGCUUCGGAUCCCGGUGAAGGGAAGUCACUGGUAGCGGCGAAGAAGUUGAGGCUCAGGAGCACUGAUUAUAAGAAAGUCGGAGUAUUGAAAUGCGACGACGCUGUAGAAGUAUCUGACCCUCUAGUAUUACUCCCCACCCCUGCAGGAGGUUUGAUGCUUCGGGUAAGCGAUGACAAUUACAUCAAGAUCAUAGAUCAUUCGGGUACCUUCCUGAAUGUGCUCCGAUAUUCAGGCAGCGAAUAA